GGGAUAAUGCAUUGCGCGCAACCUUUACACUAACUUCAUAAAGCCUCAAUGAAAUUCAUAACCCCUAACAAACUCAUUUCAUCGGCCAUUUGAAUCAAUCAAUGGCGGCACCAGAACCAGUAAAAGCAGAUGAAAGCAAAAAUAAAUCUACGAUAGGAAGUGAAGCAGAGGCUGAAGAUGACGUAGUAGACUGGAAAAAAUUAGGAACUCUAGCAUCUGAAUCGCAACCCAUUAGAAGGCGAAGAAAACUAAGACAGAUUCCUGACUAUUAUUUUCUUCCUCGCAAAUCGCUUCCCAACGCUAUUCUGUACUACGGAGCCUACGUAAUUGCAGGCAUUGGAGCUGGAAUGCUUGUUGAAAAAUGGAUUAAAAAGAAAGUUGCAGAGGAUGGAGGGAUGAUCUGGGAAAAGUCCAGUAGUGAAAAAUCUCGUAACUAGAUUUUUGAGAAAGACCCAUUGGUUGGCUUGCAGCACCGAAAUAUUGAAUUGCACAAAUCUCUAUUGUAUUAGUUGAUAUAUUCUACUGGCACUUAAUAUCUCUUUUGUCCUUGUGGACGCUGCAUAUUGUCCAUCACAAUUUUUGCUUGUCUUUGAAAGAAGAGUGUAUUCUAUUUUUGUAAACUUGCGGUUGGUGGAACUUGGAGUAGAAGAAUGUAAAAAAAUAAUGAAUAGAAAUAUUGCGAUAAAAUAUCUUUAAUUCUUAGAA